AUGACUCACGGCAUCGGAUCUCAGGCCAGAGCCUAUAAAGCUCCCGUUGCUCCUUCAAUGUGGCUCGAAAACAGCGAAAAGCGUGUCAUGUCAGUUCUUCCGCAUAACUGCCCACCUUCGUACGCGUCAAGCGUUCCAGCGCCAGAUUACACCUCCGUUCCAGUGGCGGGGGAGGAGCUCGUCGAGUUGGCUUUGAGACCACCGCCAUACCUUACCCGUACAUCCACAUCCACGUCACAUCUUGCAUCUUCUGUGGAUAUUGAACAGCCUGCAAAUCCACCUUCGACCAUUCGUAGCGCCGAACCCAUAAAUGCCACACCCAAAUCUUCAAACCACGAGCAACGAUUUGUUUCGCGUGUAGGCUCUAUUGAACUCGAUUUGGGGCCACGAAAUGAAAACACGACUCCUUCCUUUGGACUCAAUGGACGAGUUCACGGGGAUGUGAGGAUCAAGAAAUUGAGUCAUGUCCAAAGUAUCACAUUGGUGCUCGAAGGACGUGCACAAGUCACUGCUAUGCAAAGCGGGUUCCCAUCUGCAUACGCGGAGCAGAAGCUUCUCCAUCUUCCAUUGACACUCUACUCGACUCAUUCAGAGAAAGGCAAAGAAAAGGCAAUCUCUUCCCGCACAUUCCCGUUCGAGUUUACGUUUCCGACACAUUGCAAUAUCGACAAUGUCGAAAACGAGGAGCCAGCACGGCUCCCUCCAACGUUUCAUGGCAGCCAUCCAGGAGCAGAUGGCUCGGUCCGAUACAGGAUCCGGCUGCAUGUCGUUAAGUCUGCGUUCUGGCCUGAUGAGACACUGGUAAUGACGGUCAACUAUCUUCCCAAGUCUUACUCCCUUCCCGAGACCUUGCUUUGGCCAGCCAUUUCGAUCAUGGAUGCGAAACGGUUCGGCCUCGAGAACAGCAAAUGGAAGACGACAACAGCAUUGCUUCUACCUUCCCCUCACCGACAUUCGCUCAAGGAGCCCUCGCGCUUGGUUUCUAUCCCAAGCACAGCGCGCGCGGUAGCAAAUUUUUGCUUCCAAGUCAACGUGACGCUGCGUUUACCGGGCUUUUCCUCGGAGGAUAUUGACGCUCUGAUUGCGGAUCCGAAACGGCUGGCAAUCCAAAUGUUGCGCAAGACGACUAUGAACGUCAAUGGCCAGAGGAGUACCAAGACGGUGGUGCUUGGUUUAGCGAGGUGCCAACAGGUAGAAAAAGAGCUCGUGCAAAGAUGUGAUGAGCGCAUCGUUCGCGGUUGGUUUGCUGCUGGAACACCUCGAGGUGAAACGAGUUGGAGCGCUGGAGAUUUGAUUGAAAACAAAUAUUUCAUUCGUGUCGUGGUCACGCUAUGGGACGACUCGACCCCCAUAUUCAAACACGAGGAGCCCAUUACAAUGUUCACACACUCUAGAACCGAGUUUGAAGAUCCGUCCGAGGUUCACGAUGCCCCCGCAAUCAACCUAUUGUUGGCGUCUUCAGUUGAAAGCCACCGACAGCGAUGA